AUGUCGCAGCAGCUCGACAAAGAAAAAACAAGUUCAAACAGAGGUGAGCUUGCUCGCUUCCGACGGGUCAUGAGUGAGGAGGGCAUUGUCGACAUGCGUUUCGUAUUUUGUGCGGUGAGCUUGCUCGCCUUGAAAGAGUCAACGCCCGUGUACCAGCGCAUGACUGAGGUCGCAAAAGAGUCCUGUUCAAAGAAAGGUGAGCUAGGUCGCUUCAGAAGGGGACUGGAUGGAACAGUGGACAGUGGGUCGCACACCUUCGAAGCUGAUCCGGCUCAAAAAGCCAUGGCCAUGCGUCCCAAAGUGAACGCAAGAAACCUGGCUUACGUGGUUCUGUUCUGGCUGAGUACUGUCGCAAGCCUGGUGCUGGCCAGCGAUGAACCGCAGCUCACUGUUAUCAUCAGCUUCCAUGUCACCAUGUGCAUCUUGAAUCUCCUGGUGCGCAGAGCCUCGCAGCGAACCAUCCCCCGCCUAGGCUGGGACGACAUGGCCGCAGAAGGCACAGACGCUGUCGCCCUGCAGUGUGCGGAGCGGUUUCUCCACAUAGCUGGCGCCGCCGAGCCCCUGCGGCGGCGGUCCGACGACGACCGACUACAGCAACUUGAGACGCAGGGACUUUUUCUGCAGACCGCCGAGUCACAUGGAGCGAACAACUGCUUGAUCGAUUCCUUGUUGUUAGGUUUAACAGCCGCCAACCUAACACCGAAUGCCACAAAGUAUUCCAUGGCGGAACGCAAGCGCAUGUGUGCGAGGUGCCGCAAGCACCUGCGUCGCCAGUAUGGCACCCCGGUCGGCACUUAUCUCGAUGGGCACGCAGAUGCCCCCCACAUUUUAGAUUUUUUUCUCCGCCAGGAGUGGCGGCAGGAUGUGUCAGUGCGAGUCCAUUUCUACGACUGCCUCGAUGCUGGGCAAGUGCUGGAGAACCAAGAAGAGCUAGCUUUCGUAGAUUACACAGUAGGCCCGUCGGUGUCCAGUGAUCCAUUGCCAGUGCCAAAAAGACGACGCGGCCCCGGCCAGACUACGGAGGAAGCCGCCCAUCAUGCCACAGCUUUUCAGCAUUGUCCGGGGGACAUUCCUAGUGCUUACGUUGCAGCUUUGCAACACGUGGAAGAACAAGCUGUUCCGGCCGUCGGUUGGAGCGUAGAUCGCCGCACGCUGCGACGCCUGCGUCAAGCUAGACAAGAAGACCACUGCGUAGCUUUGAUUUGCAGUUGCUGUGCUGCAGUGUUGCCAAGUGGACCACGUAGUGACAUCGGCUAUCUAUCCAUCGACGACAUUUUCUCUGGACUCACCACCAAGAGUUUUCAAGAAAAUUGGGAUUUGAAGCAAUACAAAACAACAUAUGGCUUGCACGCCUCCAUCCGUGAGCGGUUAAGUGGCCCGGAGUGGCAACGGCGCUUGCCCGAACAUCUGUUCCAAGGAGCAAGCAUUUUGUGUUGCCCGGAAGAUCAUCGGUGUUCCAGUUGUCUCCGUGACCCAAGGCAGACUGCAGGUGAGCCAGAGCGUAGCGCAGGCGAGUGCCCGGGUGUAACCCAGGAGCCCGACCCCUACCAGUUUUGCAGCGCUUGCGAACUCCCCUUGCGCCGGAGUUGCUGGUCCCGAAUGCGGCAAAAGAUGUAUGCCGGCGUGCCGCAAGCUCUAACCAACGACAACUGGUAUGGGUAUCCAGUGGACUUACUUUACACCCACAAAGUCCGCUGGGUGGAAGCGGCCGCAGCGUGUCCCGUUUGGACUUCCAUGAUCAGUUUUUACUUGGAAGCCGAUCGCGGCCAUGUGAUGGAGGAAACACUCCAUCGAGCCGACCAACGCCUGGCCAUCCGAGGCAACGUCAGUGCAGUGAGCCUUCCAUGGGAACAAAUCUACGGCAAGUUCGCAGACAUGACGCCCGAGCAUCGGCUCGCGAUUUUGCCACACGCAUUGCCCGCUCUGAAAUCCAUGAUCCACCUGACAGUAAGAGGAAUGUUGCACGGCGAAAUUUCGGACUGGGUCGCCGGAGCCAGAGUCAGACCUUGGGUAGUCGUCGCUUUGUUAGAUCAUCUAGUGGACCUCGCCCAUCCCAUGUUCGAGGGGUACGACGGCACACCGGCCGAACUCAAGGCAUUGUUUCGCGCCAAAGUCAACCAGCAAUACGGAGAAGAUGAGUUUCCGGCCGUAACCCUAGCGGAAGUUGAUAAAGCACCUACCCACCAUAACCCAUCGCCACCGCAGACUAAACACGCCACCCCAGAACCUGCCGGAGUCGCUGAUUUCAACGGUGAAGCCUUUCAAGGCAAUGUCCGACCGCAAGUGUUGUCGCCCGACUGGAGUACUGAUCAAAGUGCAGACCUUACCGCUCAGGAAGUCACUCGGUUGGCCGUUGGCACGCCGCAGGUCACGGUCCAAACCGGGCACGAAUUCUGGGAUCAAUGGCAGCCGAAAUACUUGAGUUGGGCAUUUCCUUUUAGUUUGCCGGCUCCAGUUGGGGGGCCAGAUUACCCGAACAAAGACCGGUGGAGGCGUAGCACCGACGCCGCAAUGCUCGGCCCACUCGCCCACUUACGCUCACUCACCCGGAGAGUGGAAAGUUCCAUUCACAAUUCUUGGGAUUUGGUGUCGGGACUUCGACGCUUAACAUUCAAGUGGCAUUCGGUGUGGAACACACCCCUGUGGCGAAAACACAAACCCAAAGCGGAAUUGUUGGAGACCACUCCGGUGCACGAAUGGGUGCAAGCAGCAAAAGCACUGUACCACAAACUGCAGAAGGGAACCUAUCUUACAGCAGGUAAUCACAUCAAGCCCAUCAACUACGAUGCUCGUAAGCUUUGGUUUGCCUCCAACCUGACCCAACCCGAAAUUCAGCUUCUACGUGACAUUCGGCAGACGCAACAGCUGUUGCCGGGCACCGUCGAAGUUCGUCGCCGCAUCGGCCGGUUUUUGUUUGGGGCCAGGGUUCAACUCGGAGAACCGAUUUUCAUUACCGUGUCACCCACGACACGCCGCAAUGCAGUCUGUUUAAAAAUGUCUCGGUAUCGAGCCAAUGACCCCGGCGCCGGACACUAUUGCGCCAAAGAUGACCCUAAGGUGUGGGAGGACACCGCCGUCACGAUCCCGGUGCCGGACUACGAGACACGACGCUGCAGCGCCGUUCGAGAUCCAUGGUGCGUAGACAUUGCCUUUCAGAGCAUGAUUCGGUUUGUGUUCGCAGAGCUCUUAGGGGUCCGCAUGUGUUUCAAGUGCCCGCAAUGCACUUGCCGUGACAUGUUAGAACACCCGUCUCAUCCUAUGGGGGGGGUUCUUGGUCUGGUGCUUGGAUUUUGUGGCGCCAUCGAGUAUCAACAAAAUAGUACACCCCACUUUCACGCCAACGUCUACGUGGCGAGCGUCUGGCAACACCCCUUGAAAGUUCUUGCUGCCAAGUUGCAAGCAAAGGCCGUGUCGCUCGGAGAAAUAUUUGAGUACCAGCAGUGGCUGCAUAAUGAAAGCCACUUGAACUUGGAGCAGCACGUCGCGCUAGAGCCGGACCUUGACGCAGAGUGGAAGCAGAAUUUCGUUGGCAAGCAGCAUGACAAGCUUUGCCUUUGGCCUGCUUUUGUUGCCGCGGACACCGAGCCAUCACCUUGGACAGCCCCGUCGUCCCACUCCGAAACCCUGUUGAGAGAUGCAACGACAUAUCGAACCAAGUAUGCGUCCGCAGUGCAAGAACGCCUCUCGCACCAGCAGCAUCACAUUCAUCUCUGGGAUCCGAAACAUAAAUGUGCCGUGCCAUUACCCGGGUGUCGCAAAAAAAACGCCCCCAACAAAUGCAAGCAUGGAUUCCCAAAAGCUCUGUGCGACACCGCCCGAGUGAUCUGCCGCGGUAACGCUCGGCAGUUCCGACAAAGUACGGCCGGCCGCCGAAACGGAUUGGGUUGUGUGUUGAACCCUCGAGAUUCGCCAUGGUUGUCGGGCACGAUGCAUGCCUUUUCGCUCAUGUUGCUCGGAAAUAGCCACGCAGGGGUCAACUUCCGUGUGCCGUUACUGCCAGAGACGCACGACCCGGCGUGCGCUCGGGGCUGCCUCCGACACGGGACUUUGCGGCGACUGCAACGCCUGAUGCAGCACGCCGCCAGGAAAUCCACCCAGUAUUUCACGGGAUACCUGCAGAAGCCGCAACCCAUCGGCAAAAAAGAGCUACAGCAAGCCGCCAAGCACCUCUCGUUCUUAGACGUCACCCCGACCAAAGGGGCGGAGGCGCAACAGUACCGCAGAGUACUCCAAAGGAUCUGUGGCGACUUGGAGUUCAGGUGCUCCGUGCGGCCUCUGACAGAAGAGACAAUGUUGGCAGGAUUCUGGGAUGGGGAAGAAGUUACGUCCGCGGAGUGCAUUCGGUCCUUUGCCGUCGUCCCGUUCGUGGGCUCGGCCUGGCUAGCCCAGGUCGAUCGCCGCACCGAGGUGCGGGCCCAAGUCAAGCAGCUCCAACACCGGCACGCCGUGCUGAGCACAGCCGAGGUGUACGGCUGGCGCGGCAAAGACCACCGGUUGUACUACUUAAGCCCAGAGACGCAGCGCGACUUGGUGCGCUUGCCGGUUCGGGUGGCCACGACAGCCGCCGCGGAUCAUUACUUGGUCCGCCGGCCAGCACCCUUGGUUCCAUAUCCGACCGCAGCACCUCUCCCCAAAGCGGACAUGGCCAAGGCAGACCAAUGCCGCAUUUUGAACGUGUACCUGCGUCCCUGGACAGCAGCCCCGGAAGAUGCAACUUGGCAUGCGCCGCAUUUUGCGGCCUUGGACACACCCAUAUCGGACAUGCAACAACAACCCGGUCGUCGGUGUCGGAACAAGACCCACCUCGGCCAACGGUGUCAUGCUGCAGCUUGGGGCGAUUAUAUUCGGAAUCACAUCGUGUCCACACACGCAAAACGCCUGAUCAACAACUUUUUGGCAGCGGCCGAUUGCACUCCCGAAGAGCCCGAAGACAACCUGGAGUGCACGGCCGCCCUUCCGGGGCACGACGUGGACAUCAGUUGGGUGGAUCUGACCACCGUGCAACGCCUGACAGCAGGCCUCGAUCCCAGCCAGUGUUUGCAAGCCAUUCUGGAACGCUGCAUUGUGGAGCACCAAGAAGAGCGGCAGAACGCACCACAGCGUUCCGAGCCGUUUCGUGCAAUCUUGCAUGGCGUGCCCGGAGCCGGCAAAUCACAGACCUUGAAAUGGCUUCGUGUCUUUUUCGAAAGCAUUUGCCAUUGGUCCCAUCCGCAAGACUUUGCUUUCGUCGCUCCGCAAAAUACUCAGGCCGCUUUGAUUGAGGGCAUCACCCUCCACUCGUUCGCUGACAUGCGGGUCAAGGGCGCCAAACAGAAGCCCGACCCCCACGCGAGCAUGCAGCGAUUUGUCAAGUUCCAGCGACUUCGGUGGCUGAUCAUUGACGAGUGCAGCACGGCGGCGUUGGAAGUUUUGGCGGCCCUGGAAAAGCACUUGCAGGACGGAGUGCGGCCCAAGAAUUCUUGGAAAUGUCGCAAGUCCGGAGUGGCGCGGCCCUUUGCUGGCCUCAACGUUUUGCUUGCUGGAGACUGUUGGCAGUUCCCCGCCGUAAAAGCCACCAGCCUUUUCCAAAAUCCUUUCAAAAGCGGCCAAAGCCUGGCCGUGGCCGCCCUGCAAAAGAUUUUGUGGACGCACAACCAAAACAACGUGCAGCACCUCUUCGAAUUAACCCAAGAACACCGCUGCACGGAUCCAUGGUUGAGCGUUAUCUUGAAAGCGGCGCGGCGCGGAGCCGUAGACCAGGAACUGUGGUCCUUCUUGCACGGCUAUCCCACGGUCCACCCCGGAUCGUGGCACCCCGCCACCGACACCUGCGGCUGCAAAAAUCCGACCUGUGAGGGUUUACCUAAGAUUUGGACACAGGAGGUUUUGCACGGAAACGACGCCCGUACUUGGGCAGCUCGCCUCGGCGACGAGUGCAAUGUCUGCUCAGCCGAGCGGCGGCGGCGUUGCAUCGUCGCCGAGGCAAGCGACUUCGGACCGAACCCAAAAGACCCCAAAUUUUUGCAUGCCCCGUUUAUCCAUAGUUUCAACGCGGCCAAAUACGUUGCAGCCUUGCUUCGGGCUCGGUGGGUGGCAGCCGAACAGAACCAGCUUCUGCUCUGGGCGGUGGCACAGGACACCCCCUGUUCCACACCGCUCCAGAAACCGACGCGCGCGAACUUCGGCGUCGAAAAGAAAACUGGCUGCAGAGGCACGAUCAAUCGUCAAUUGACAGGAGGCAUAAUGGGACUCUUGCCCUUGUUGCCGAACAUGCCGGUGCGGAUCACCCAAACGUUGCCGGAACUCAAGCCUUUUGGUCUUUUCAAAAAUACACGCGGGCAGCUUUACAACUGGACAUUGCACCCCGAGGACGCGGCAGCAAUCCAGACUUGCACCGACUCCGACUGGGUUCUGCGCCACCUGCCCACGUGCAUUUUCGUGGCCAUCCCAGGCGCCACAUGGCAGCACCGCCCAGGCCUGCCAGCGGGCGUAGCCUGCAUCCGACCGGGAGUCCAGCACUGGCAGCUCGAAGCACACGGACAAGCCACGGUUGCACGCAAGGGAUUCCCCAUUGCGUGCAACCAAGGGUUGCUGCCGAUCCGGGAGUUCGCCCGCAACAACACUUGGGAUCCAGAGGGUUGGUACGCCAUAGU